AUGCGGAGUUUCUGUAAUCUCACGGCGCUACUCAAUCUAAUUGGGCUAUCAACAAUUGGCCAGGAAUUCUCGCGCACACUUACUAGUAUUGCGAUGAUCACUUCUUUGGAACACCCGGUGAGCACUAUACUCUACAUCAGCUAUAGAAAUAAAACAGCCAUAGACUCAGCCGAUGUACUAGAGGUCUCGCACCUACUACGCGUACUGACCUCACAACUUGCACUACCAAUGCUGCAUUUGGAUAGCUCACCACCUAUCGAACGUUAUAUAAGAAAAUUCAAUACUGAACUAUUGACCAUCGCCCAACUGAAUCACCAGCUCAAGUUUGACUUAGAGUUAUUGAAAACUCUGUGGCAACGCCUUUGGCGCAACAGACAAAGUCCCCUCAUACUACUAUUCGACGGUUCAGCUAGCGUUGAAUACAUUGAAUUAAUACUGAAAGUAUGUGGAAAGCAUCGCGCUCUGAAUGUGAUUGCUCUACAGCCGAUAAUGGCUGUGGUGGAAGGAAGCUACUGGACCUUGCGACUGUUUCCCACACAGACAGUUGUUAAGCGCACCUUUGCUGCGGAUUACAAAAAUAUAUUUCCCAAACAUAUGGAAAACAUGUAUGGACAUCCGAUACGCAUAAUCAUGAAUUCAUGGCACCCGCAAAUUUAUACUUACACACCGCAGAAAGGCAACGCAACACUGAGCGGCUUUUUGGGCAGAGCUUUAACGGAAUAUGCAUAUCGCCACAAUGCCACAAUUGAGUGUCCCAUAUCCUUGGACCAUAAAAUGUUCACUUACAAUGACAUGAUGGGAUUUUUCGUGAACAAAACCAUUGACAUUGGCUCACUAACGCCCAUAGAAAGUGGCGAUCGUGAUUUGAGUUUCUCGGUUUUUUUCCAAUGGAGCAAUUGGUGUCUGAUGGUGCCCGUGGAGCAGCCACUUUCCAGGUCGAAAUUUUUCUACAAUAUCGCACAUAAAACGGUCAUAGUGCUAUUUUGUCUCAGCUUGGUGGUGAUCUCUUGCAUUUGGGCACUCAUCGCACGUUGGCAAGUUAAGCAGGAACUAUCGCUCAUCGAUCAUGUGGUGAAUUUCUCAGUGCUACUAGGUCUACUCGGCAUGCCUUUUUGGACGACGAAGCGCGCUUCAGCUGUGCACAAAAUGAUUUGCAUUACUAUUUCACUGGCGGGUGUCAUCAUAGGUACCACCUACAAUACAUAUUUGCAGAGUUUCAGCGUAAAUGCACCCGCUAGUGAUAGAAUAACAAACAUCGACGAUUUGCUAAAUAGUGGCAUCAAAGUGGCUCUCCGCCAUGAAGAACUGUGUUGGGUUGAGGAUAGCAUAGAUUUUCGCAAAUAUAUUCAAAAUUUGACUAUUUUUACUAACCUCACGGAAUUUCUAUUGCUGCGCGAUACAUUAGAUACAAGGUAUGCUUUUCCGAUCACUGAUAUAUGGACCAUCUACGAUCAGCAACAAAAAUAUUAUUCACGUCCACUAUUUCGUAUUUCGAAUAUUUGUUUUGGUAAAAAUUAUCUAAUGGUGCUGCCUUUGCAGGAGAGCUCAGUGCAUCGUCAGCAUUUAAAUGAAUUCGUAGCGAGUCUACAAGAAGCUGGGCUGAUAGAACACUGGCGCCGGAAUAGCUUUUUGGAGUUGCUGGAGAUGAAUUGGAUUCGGCUAGAUGACCAUAAUAAACAGCACGGUUUCGAACCCAUGAGACUGUGGGAUUUGCGUGUAAUACUCGUAGCGAUGAGUGCAUUAAUGACUUUAAGCAUUUCCUGUUUCGUAUUUGAGAUUUUGUGGGGGAAAGUACAAAAACUUCCCGCACCAGUAAUGGAAAUUAUGCAUAGAAUGAUGAAAAUUAAAAUAUAA